AUGGCUAAAGUAAAAAACAUCCAGUUCCAUUUAAACAAAUGUACUGAGGCUCGUAGGAGAGGAGAUUGGAUCAACCUGAUUAAGGAGACCAAGUACGCUAUUGCAUCUGGUGCAGAUUCUGCUCCACAGAUAUUUGCGUUGCAAGCCGAGGCCUAUUUGAAGCUCCGUAGACACCAACAUGCAGAGGAAGCAAUGUCGAAGGGACCUAAUUUUGAUGUUGAUCAGUGCACCAAGUUCUUUGGGCAGAUUUGUAAUGCAAACUUGUUGGUGACUCGGGCUCAGAUUCAUUUGGCAGCUGGCAGAUUUGAAGAUGCCUUAGCUGCAAUUCAGCGAGCAUGCAAGCUAGAUUCAAAUAAUAAGGAGGCGAUGAAGGUGAUGAUGAAGGUUAGAUCUGUGGCCACAGCUCGAUCAAAUGGAAACGAGCUUUUCAGGGCAUCAAAAUUCGCAGAAGCUUGUGUUGCCUAUGGAGAAGGGUUAGAGAGUGAUCCAUAUAACUCAGUUUUGCUAUGCAACCGAGCUGCAUGUAGAUCAAAAUUAGGCCAACUUGAGAUGGCUGUGGAAGAUUGCAAUGCUGCUCUUAACUUGCGACCAUCUUACAGCAAGGCUAGGCUAAGAAGAGCAGAUUGUAAUGCCAAGUUGAAAAGAUGGGAAGCUUCAAUUGAAGACUAUGAAAUAUUGCUAAAAGAGAGACCAGAGGAUGAGGAAUUAAGGAGAUUUUUGGCGGAGGCCAAAGAACAUCAACAGCUAAGUGAAUGA